AUCCCAUGAUGCAACAACCUCAGCAAUACCUUCAGCACCAGUUCCAGCAUCCUUCGUUGUAUCGGCCACAACCUCAGCAAGCCCAGCCGUACUUCACCAACAACGCUUUUCAGUUUGGCAAUGACGACGGUAAGCUCGAGACUGACGAGCUCGUGGAUCCAGCCAUCAGCUUCGCUAGCUUUGACAUCAACAACACGUUCCCUCCUGAGCAGUGAGCUGCCUCCACUCUAUCGAGCUUGACGCUGUCAGUAAGAGCCAACUUUCAACAUCGAGUCUUAUCCCGCGCCCAC